AUCCCUGAAUAAACUGGUCUGAUGGUUGUUGGUACAGCAGCUCUGUGCAGAGGAGUGGAAAGUCAGCAAGACGCACAGCAGGAUGUUGACUGCGCCUUCAAAAUAAAAGCAGUUUUUUUUUUUCACUUAGCAUGUUGAGUCUGAAAGUCUUAGCUGCUGACUUUGCAUCUCUGCUGCAUCUGUUGUCAGCUUUUUCAAACAUGCUCUUAAAAAGAAGAUGGAUUAUCUCAUAAUAAGCAAUGCAGAAGAAAGAUAACCUAUAAUCUUGUUAAUGUUUUGCCCCUUUUAUAAUAGUAAAGUAGAGGGAAAAAAAACUUUUUGGGGUUGGUGAAUGCUCCAUCCAGCUGACAUUGCAAAAAAAAAUUUUCAUUAGCUGCAAGCAAUGCUCAUUGUCAUUAUUGAUUCAUCUGAUUAUUGUCUUGAACAAUAGUUUUGUCAAUGAAAUAUUACUAAAUUGUGAUAAAUGUCUGUCCACAGCUGAAGGUGAUAUCGUCAAGUUCCUGAAUUAAUCCAACCGUCUGUCAGAAUAACAUAAAUAUAUUUAGUUUUGAAUCAUAUCUGACGAACAAAAGCAGCAAAUUGAGAUGCUCGAAUUGGAUGAUUUGAGGAAUUUUAAGCUUCAAAAAUGACUUAAAAGGUUAAUAGAUAAUCAAAAUAGUUGCAAAUGUAUUGUCUGUUUCAACAUAAGCCCACUCUUUCUCACUACUAUUUAUUGCCCUUAAAACAUACUGUAUAUAUCGACACAGCUUUUAUUCUUUCAAUGUGUGACAGGAAGUCGUUUGUGCACUGCGGCUGACUCGAUGGUUCUGCAGAGUGGCGGGUCAGGAGGUUGAAUGAGUGUUUAGUGUCAGAGGGGUUCCUGCAGGGAAGAGGUACUAUGGGAGUCGCUCUGCACCUCAGUCUGCUCUUAUUUCUGCAUUGUGGGUCGUUCAUCCUCGUUAUCUCAGUGAGCUCCACUGUGGAUUCACAUACAACUCAGAGCCCUUUUCCUGCAGACAGAACCAACGCCACUGAGCUCCCCACCACGAGGUUCACAACCAGUUACAGCAAGUCAACAGCUAAACCUCCCAGAACCACCACAACUACUAAACAUGUGACUGGAGACACUGGUGAGACAGCAGCGUCCAGAAAAGACACAAGAGAAGAAGAAGAAGGUCCUUUGGAAUUGGAAUGUCCUCCUCUGGGUCUGGAGUCGCUGAAGAUCAAAAACAACCAGCUGAGAGCGUCUUCCUACAAACGCAGAGGCCUCGGCCCGCACCGCGGCCGGCUCAACAUCCAGUCGGGGAUAGAGGACGGAGACAUCUACGACGGAGGCUGGUGUGCUCAGCACAGGGACAUGAAGCAGUGGCUGGAGGUGGACGCUUGGCGGCUGACUCGCUUCACCGGUGUCAUCCUGCAGGGCCGCGCCUCCAUCUGGAGUUGGAACAUGGUGCAUUCCUACAAGGUGCAGUUCAGUAACGACUCUCUGGUCUGGAGGCCGUCGAUGAACGGGACCGAAGAGGCUGUGUUUGAGGGAAACCAGGACUUGGAGACGCCCGUCCUCGCCCUUUUCAACACUUCCACGGUGGCCCGCUACAUCCGGAUCAACCCUCAGACCUGGUACCAGAACGGGACGCAGGGCCACAUCUGUCUGAGAGCCGAGGUGCUGGGCUGCACACUCCCAGAUCCAAACAACAUCUACGCGUGGCAGACAGAGCCAACGGAGUCUAAAGACAAACUGGACUUCAGACACCACAACUACAAGGAGAUGAGAAAGUUGAUGAAGUCGGUGAACGAGGCGUGUCCCGACAUCACCCGCAUCUACAGCAUCGGGAAGAGUUACACCGGUCUGAAGCUCUACGUCAUGGAGAUCUCCGACAACCCUGGGAAACACGAGCUGGGAGAACCAGAGUUCCGGUACAUUGCGGGGAUGCACGGGAACGAGGUGCUGGGCCGAGAGCUUCUGCUCAACCUAAUGCAGUACAUGUGCCGGGAGUACAAGCGGGGCGACCAGCGCAUCGUCCGCCUCGUCAAAGAGACCCGCAUCCACCUUCUGCCCUCCAUGAACCCUGACGGAUACGAGAAGGCCUUCAAAAAGGGCUCAGAACUAGCGGGGUGGGCCUGGGGUCGCUACAGCUACGAAGGCUUCGACAUGAACCACAAUUUUGCCGACCUCAACUCGGAGAUGUGGAACGCCAUCGAGGUGGAGACGGACCCGUCCAAACUCAUCAACCACUACUUCCCCAUCCCUGAGCACUACACCUCCGAGGAAGCCUUUGUGGCGUCAGAGACCCGAGCCGUCAUCAACUGGAUGCAGGACGUCCCGUUCGUUCUCGGUGCUAGCUUCCACGGCGGAGAGCUGGUGGUCACCUACCCGUAUGACAUGACCCGGGACUGGGCGCCACGCGAGCACACGCCCACUGCUGACGAGAGCUUCUUCCGCUGGUUGGCCACGGUGUACGCCAGCACCAAUCAGGUGAUGUCCAACCCAGACCGGCGGCCCUGCCACAACAAGGACUUCCUCAGAUACAACAACAUUAUCAAUGGAGCCGAUUGGCACACCGUACCAGGAAGUAUGAAUGAUUUCAGCUACCUGCACACCAACUGCUUCGAGGUGACGGUGGAGUUGUCCUGUGAUAAAUUCCCUCACGUCAGCGAGCUUCCCGUCGAGUGGGAGAACAACAGAGAAUCUCUGCUGGUCUACAUGGAGCAGGUCCACCGUGGCAUAAAGGGGGUGGUUCGUGACAAAGACACAGAGGCUGGUAUAACAGACGCCAUCAUUAAAGUUGAUGACAUUGAUCAUCAUAUUAGAUCAGUUACUGAUGGCGACUACUGGCGGCUGCUGAAUCCCGGUGAGUACCGGGUGACGGCGAGCGCAGAGGGCUACUACCCGUCCUCACGCACCUGCCAAGUCAUGUACGACCACUACCCCACAAUCUGCGACUUCCGCCUCACCAAGAUGCCCCGACAGAGGCUAGAAGACAUUUUGACCAAGGGGGGUAAACUCCCCAAGGACCUGCAGCUUCGGCUGCGACAGCUACGCCUGCGUAAGCUCCGUGUCGCCACCAAGGCCAUCAACCAGAGGCGGACGGCCUCUGCUGCCAAGCGGGCGAAGAGGAUGUGAUCGAUGACUGAAGACAGGAGAACAAAGCUGGACUUGGUUUAGUUCACUGGAUUCAUGUCGCUUUUAUAACCAAAAAGUCCAGUUAUCAAAGAGAACACAGCUUAGAGCAGCUGAAGGUACCGUUACUCAGCUAAGGCCAGUGAUGUGGUGGCUCUCUCAAUUAGAAAUGAAUGACCAGGAGGAUUUAAAGUGUUGACUUUCAGCCGUCAACGUGUUCCCAUGCGGGAAUCGUUCCCUUUUUAUACACUGCAGCAGAAAAGAAAGGUCUAGAGUUUCUACACCGGCAGUGUAAACACUCAUAGUCACUGUUUAUAUUCAUAUCCAUUGUGCCAGAAUGCAGAGCAGAAACAUCUAUGAAUGUGUCAUUGUCUUAAUACCUGUAUUGUUGAAUGAAGGUGCAGAGUGGAGGUUGUUGGAUAGAAGCCCUCACCUCUUUGGAUUGGUACUAAGACCUGGUCACUUAAAUCAUUAAAGUAAAAACAUUUGUCAUCACACUGGAUGUGAUACCAUUCGUUAAAUGUCUGAACUCCAUAUAAAAAUGUCACAAGAUGUCAUAAAAAGUUACGUUUUCCAUUAUUUUAUCAGUUGUC